GUCGCAUAGACACAAGAUGGAGGGAAAUGGGGAAAGUGUUGCUAGCGAACGAAAGUUUUAAUUGCGCGUCUAUAAGACGAGGUUAAUUCUUCCUUUAAAAACCCAUCCUUUCUCAUAGUGUUUUUACUCACAGGCACAAACAAAGAAGAAAAAAUAUUCAGAUUUGAUUAACACAGAAGUAUCCUUUGACGAAAAUGGCCGCACCAGUUUUUACCAAUCUCUCGCCCUUGUCGACGGAACGUGAAAUCAAGAACCUUUCAGGUUACCCAAGAUUGAAGCCUGCCUAUAUCCUCAAGGUUAGUUUACAACGCGAGCUACUCUUCUGGCUUUUUAUAACUCUUCGUGAGGGGGUGGAUAAUUAAUAUGCCUUAGAUUAACGUCACGACCGGAAGACCUGUCGGAACAAUCGUUGGUGGAAGCAAUCUCAUCCACUGGGAAACUGGCUCUGGUACCCUUACAACCGCUGAGGGGUACGACCACCCAGUCGAGGCCAAUGUCGAGUAUGGGUCUGACUGGCUUCUAUUUGACCCUGAUAAUGGACACGCUCGCCCUCAGCUGAAGCUACUGGCUAGG